CCAUUUCGGCUAUCAAUGGUACGGAGCUCCGAUCACUUGUCGUGAACGCUCCAUGGGGGAAUCUCUAUUGCAUUCUCCUUGCGUCGUCUUGCCUCUCGCCUCGUUCACAAAACCCAUUGGAGGAGAAGGUUUGAGAAGGAGGCGACCAGAGAGUACACGCGGAGUAAACCAUUGAGAUUUUCUCCAUGUCGUUCCUCUGAAAUAGAUCAAUUGUUUCUCUGAUCAUUCAGGGUCGGACAUGAUGUGAACGCGGCAUCAACUUCUACACAAAGUAGGCUAUUUCAAAACCGGAAGUCAUAUUAUUUACCUGAAUACCAUGCUCAUACUAAAGUCGUCCAUGAGGACUUAUUAAUUAAUGGACAGGUAGCCUACCUUUUGGCUUUGAAGAAGACGAGGAUGAAGCGCUUCAGUUCAUCAAAAAUAUUAUCUUUUCUGACGACAGACAGAAAUCCCCAUCCUGAGAACAUCCACAUCUCCUCUCUACCCCCCAGUAUUCCUACAGACCAGGAGCCAACACAUGGAGAAGAAGACAUGGCACAGGGGAAAGCAGUUGAGACCACACAAACACAGCGAGGAGCCCCUUCGGUCUUCCCAGAGGGCCAGAAUGGGGGAACUGAUGUAUCUAGUACCAAUUUUGACCAUAAGGUCCCCAUUCCAGAUGAUAACAGUCAGAUGUGGUUCAGUUUCCGUAAGCUAUGGGCCUUCACAGGACCAGGGUUCCUGAUGAGCAUCGCCUACCUAGACCCAGGAAAUAUAGAGUCAGACCUGCAGUCAGGUGCUAAAGCAGGGUUCAAGCUGUUGUGGGUUCUUCUGGGAGCCACCAUCAUUGGUCUGCUGCUGCAGAGGCUGGCAGCCAGACUGGGUGUGGUCACUGGGAUGCACCUGGCAGAAGUCUGUAACCGCCAGUACCCUACCGUGCCACGCAUUAUCCUGUGGUUGAUGGUGGAGCUGGCCAUCAUAGGUUCAGACAUGCAGGAGGUCAUAGGUUGUGCCAUUGCAUUCAACCUCCUCUCCUCUGGCAGGAUACCUUUGUGGGGGGGGGUUCUCAUCACCAUCAUCGACACAUUUGUGUUCCUCUUCCUGGACAAGUAUGGUCUGAGGAAACUUGAGGCCUUUUUUGGGGUCCUUAUUACAAUCAUGGCCAUCACCUUUGGAUAUGAGUAUGUGACGGUGCGUCCGGACCAGGGGGAGCUGCUGAAGGGGAUGUUUAUGCCGUACUGUGAGGGCUGUGGUCCUGUGCAGCUGGAGCAGGCUGUGGGCAUCGUAGGGGCUGUCAUAAUGCCCCACAACAUCUACCUGCACUCUGCCCUCGUCAAGUCUCGACAGAUUGAUCGUUCCAGUAAGAAGGAGCUCAAGGAGGCCAACAAAUACUUCUUCAUUGAGUCGACCAUCGCACUCUUCCUCUCUUUCCUCAUCAACGUAUUUGUGGUGGCUGUCUUCGCUGAGGCGGUCUAUGGACGCACAAACAUUGAAGUGCAUGACAUCUGUAAUGCAACUGGCAUUCCUCAGCUAGACCUGUUCCCCUUGAACAAUGAGACACUGCAGGUGGACAUCUACAAAGGGGGAGUGGUUUUGGGCUGUUUCUUCGGCCCUGCAGCACUUUAUAUCUGGGCCGUGGGAAUCCUGGCAGCAGGUCAGAGUUCAACCAUGACCGGGACCUACUCAGGACAGUUUGUCAUGGAGGGCUUUUUGAACCUGCGCUGGUCCCGUUUCUCCCGGGUGUUGCUGACCCGCUCCAUCGCCAUCACGCCCACCCUGCUGGUGGCCAUCUUCCAGGACGUCACCCACCUGACAGGCAUGAACGACUUUCUGAACGUGCUGCAGAGCAUGCAGCUGCCAUUUGCGUUGAUUCCCAUCCUCACUUUCACCAGUUUAUCCUCCCUCAUGAGUGAAUUUGCCAAUGGAUUAUUUUGGAAGAUUGGGGGAGGAGUUGUGAUCUUGUUGGUGUGUUGUAUCAACAUGUACUUUGUUGUCAUCUAUGUGACCACUCUGAACAGUGUGUGGCUGUACGUGUUUGCUGCUUUUCUCUGCAUAGCAUAUUUGGGAUUUGUGGGUUACCUGGCGUGGGUAUGUCUGAUAGCGCUAGGGGUGUCCUGUCUGGAUGUCACCGGCAGGGUCAGGAACGACACCACAGUUCUGAUAGAGCAGCAGCCAGAGUUUGACUCCUGAGCACGGUUCCUUCCUUCGCACACGUGUGUGUGUGUGGG